UCAAAGGGCCUUAUUUAGGUUGCGCAGGCGCCCGCUAGCCAUUUCUUCUUAGCCACGCCGAAGCCUUGUGUGUAGGUCUGAUCCUCAUAACCCGCCUUGCAGUCUGUUUCGACGCUAGGAUCCUCGAAGAGACGAUGAUGUUGGGCACCGAAGGAGGAGAAGGAUUCGUGGUGAAGGUCCGGGGCUUGCCCUGGUCUUGCUCCGCGGAUGAAGUGCAACGUUUUUUUUCUGACUGCAAAAUUCAAAAUGGGGCUCAAGGUAUUCGUUUCAUCUACACCAGAGAAGGCAGACCGAGUGGCGAGGCUUUUGUUGAACUUGAAUCAGAAGAUGAAGUCAAAUUGGCCCUGAAAAAAGACAGAGAAACUAUGGGACACAGAUAUGUUGAAGUAUUCAAGUCAAACAACGUUGAAAUGGAUUGGGUGUUGAAGCAUACUGGUCCAAAUAGUCCUGACACGGCCAAUGAUGGCUUUGUACGGCUUAGAGGACUCCCCUUUGGAUGUAGCAAGGAAGAAAUUGUUCAGUUCUUCUCAGGGUUGGAAAUCGUGCCAAAUGGGAUAACAUUGCCGGUGGACUUCCAGGGGAGGAGUACGGGGGAGGCCUUCGUGCAGUUUGCUUCACAGGAAAUAGCUGAAAAGGCUCUAAAGAAACACAAGGAAAGAAUAGGGCACAGGUAUAUCGAAAUAUUUAAGAGCAGUCGAGCUGAAGUUAGAACUCACUAUGAUCCACCACGAAAGCUUAUGGCUAUGCAGCGGCCAGGUCCCUAUGACAGACCUGGGGCUGGCAGAGGGUAUAACAGCAUUGGCAGAGGAGCUGGCUUUGAGAGGAUGAGGCGUGGUGCUUAUGGUGGAGGCUAUGGAGGCUAUGAUGAUUAUAAUGGCUAUAAUGAUGGCUAUGGAUUUGGGUCAGAUAGAUUUGGAAGAGACCUCAAUUACUGUUUUUCAGGAAUGUCUGAUCACAGAUAUGGGGAUGGUGGUUCUACCUUCCAGAGCACAACAGGGCACUGUGUACAUAUGCGGGGAUUACCGUACAGAGCUACUGAGAAUGACAUUUAUAAUUUUUUUUCACCACUCAACCCUGUGAGAGUACACAUUGAGAUUGGUCCUGAUGGCAGAGUAACUGGUGAAGCAGAUGUUGAGUUUGCUACUCAUGAAGAUGCUGUGGCAGCUAUGUCAAAAGACAAAGCAAAUAUGCAACACAGAUAUGUAGAACUCUUCUUGAAUUCUACAGCAGGAGCAAGCGGUGGUGCUUACGAACACAGAUAUGUAGAACUCUUCUUGAAUUCUACAGCAGGAGCAAGCGGUGGUGCUUAUGGUAGCCAAAUGAUGGGAGGCAUGGGCUUGUCAAACCAGUCCAGUUAUGGUGGCCCAGCUAGCCAGCAGCUGAGUGGUGGUUAUGGAGGAGGCUAUGGUGGCCAGAGCAGCAUGAGUGGAUAUGACCAAGUUUUACAGGAAAACUCCAGUGAUUUUCAAUCAAACAUUGCAUAGGUAGCCAAGGAGCAAUGAACAGCAGCUACUACAGUAGUGGAAGCCGUGCAUCUAUGGGCGUGAACGGAAUGGGAGGGAUGUCUAGCAUGUCCAGUAUGAGUGGUGGAUGGGGAAUGUAAUUGAUCCUGAUCACUGACUCUUGGUCAACUUUUUUUUAAAAGAAAAAACUUCAGUUUAACAGUUCUUGCAAUCCAAGCUUGUGACUUAUGCUUACUCUAUAAGUGGGAAUCAGGAUUAUUUGAAAGACUUAAAAGUUCAGUGUUUUUGAACACAGCAGUCGUCCAGGAUGUAACAGCAAAGUUGAGUAAACUAUAACUGUUGAAACAAUUUUCAGCUUUUCUCAAGUUAGUUAUAUUGUAGGAUGUACUUAAGCAGUAAGCGUAUUUAGGUUAAAGCAGUUGAAUUAUGUUAAAUGUUGCUCUUAUACCACAUUACAUUGAACACUGUUUGGAUGCAUGUUGAAAGACAUGCUUUUUUGUAAAACUCAAUAUAGGAGCUGUGUCUACAAUUAAAAGUGAAACAUUUGGCAUGUUUGUUAAUUCUAGUUUCAUUUAAUAACCUGUAAGGCACGUAAGUUUAAGGUUUUUUUUUUUUUUUUUUUUUUUAAGUUAAUGGGGAAAAUUUGAGACGCAAUACCAAUACUUUAGGAUUUUGGUCUUGGUGUUUGUAUGAAAUUCUGAGGCCUUGAUUUAAAUCUUCAUUGUAUUGUGAUUUCCUUUUAGGUGUAUUGCGCUAAGUGAAACUUGUCAAAUAAAUCUUCCUUUUAAAAACUGCA